AGACAAGCACCUGCAACCGAGCAGUCUCUUAACGCUCCAGCACCUUCGAUCAUUCCGUCUAUUGAUGAACAACUUGAAGUACCUUCGAUCGUUCCGUCUCUUGAUGAAAUGUCUCUUCCUUCCGUUCCAAGUUCUGGUUCCGUUAGCCCUCCAGACAUGGCAUGGGUUGAAGUAGACAUAUCGUCCAGUGACUAUGCCCGCAGGCGGAGAGAGCUUAUGGAGAUGAUGGCCGACCUCCGAUGCAUGGGUGCCGACGCGCUGAUCGACAUACCAUCCGUAGUCGUGAUUGGUGGUCAAUCCGCGGGCAAAAGCUCACUCGUAGAGGCCGUUAGUGGGAUCAAUGUCCCAAGAGAUAGCGGAACGUGUACCAGAUGCCCUAUGGAAUGUUCGAUGUCCAGUCAUGCCACGUCAUGGUCCUGCACUAUCACCUUGCGAAUUUACCCUGAUAGUGGCCGAGACCUGCAAAAGCCUAUUACUGUGUCCUUCGGCCCAGUGAUCACCGACAGAAGUGAGGUCGAAGUUUGGCUGCGUCGUGCCCAAGCAGCCAUUUUGAACCCGAACAUUCCUUCUUCGAGUUUCCACAUAAAGACCAUCGAGGAACUCAGGAGCGCAAGAAAUACACUGAAGUUCUCCCGCAACGUGGUGUGCGUCUCGAUUGAAGACCCCGAUGCCACUGACUUGUCAUUCUAUGAUCUGCCGGGCUUGAUACAGAAUGAAGAAGCCGAAACCGUCGCCUUGGUGAAAAGUAUGGCGGAACAUUACACCGAGACAGAGAACACUAUCAUAUUGACCACAAUUCCCAUGAGCGAUGAUAUGGAAAAUCAGCAAUCAAUGAGUCUCGCCAGGGCCGCAGACCCCAGUGGAAAGCGAACAAUUGGUGUGCUUACGAAGCCUGACACGCUCGGUGUUGGAGCUAUCAGUCAGCGUCGUAAAUGGGUAGAAAUUAUCGAGGGCCGUUCGGAGGAGCAUACGCUGAGGCAUGGUUUUUACUGCGUCCGUCUUCCUGAUGACGCCGAACGCGCACAACGCUUGUCUCGUGCUGAAUCACAAAGGCGAGCUGCAGAGUAUUUUGACACGACGUCACCCUGGAGCGACAUGAUCGACCGUCGUCGGUUUGGAAUUCCGGGCUUUGUCUCCGAUGUAAGCCGACUGCUCAUCCAGUUGAUCGAGGAAGCUUUACCGCGCCUCAGAGAAGAUAUCGACAAGCUCCUUGUCAAAUGUAUAAAGGACAUCGACGCACUACCUCUGCCACUUGCAAAUGACCCACAGAUUGAGGUUUUGGAACGAGUCAAUGCGUUCUGCGAUGUCUUCAAGAGCUUUGUGAAUGGCAGUCACGAAGACAAACGUCUUGCGCAGCGGAAUCGCGCUCUCUAUGCCAUUUUCAAGAGGGAUAUACGCGGUACCGCUCCUGACUUCAGGCCUUUCAAUGAACCGGAAGACUAUGUUCCACUGGACGAUACUGAGGGGAAGAUGACUCUUCUUGAGCGAGAUCCUGGCGUGAAAGCGAUGGGCAUAUAUGACAUCCGCAGGGUCAUCCACGAGGCAAUUGGAUGGGAACUUCCGAAAAAUGUGCCAUAUCAGGCGAAGGCGAACCUCAUCGCUCAAUUCACCAAACUCUGGGUUGCUCCGUCUGAGCGCUGUCUCGCUGGUGUCAAUGUUGUGGUUGAUCAAGUCGUCAGCGCACUCAUAGGCAUCCAUUUUGGUCGCUUCAAAGUUCUCGAGGAUUAUGUUGGCAAUCUGAUUAGAAUUGAGGUUGAUAUCUGCAAGGCGCGCGCCCGAGCAGCUGUCAAUACGGCCUUGGAUCUGGAAACUACUCCACACUAUACUCAGAACACGCAUUAUCUUCAAACACUCCGCGAAAAAUGGCUAGCCCAUUAUAAGACAGUUCGCAGUAACCCUUCUCGGUACAAGGCUCCCGUUCAACGAUCUGAGUCGCGAAACUCUAUAUCGGCGGAACCUGACCUCACCAGUUUGCCGCCGCCUGUUCCUUGGGGAACACCAAGGCCCAGUCCUGGUUGGCGAUGCUGCGAUUCAGAGCCACUCGAGGCCAAAGCUUUGAGGGCUCUUGCGGAAGCGGGGUACACAAAUCUUACGGUACCAGAUCUUGCGCGUCUGUUGCCUCCCGACUCGUUCGAGGAAGAGCUGAUUGUGAUGGCUGAUGUUCGAGCCUAUUAUCACGUUGCCUACAAACGCGUCAUUGACCAUAUUCCUCUGACGAUCGAGCAUGCUCUCCAUCAUGCCCUGGCGAACCAACUUUCGCAGAGCCUUCUUACGAGUUUGCUAACUGAUGUUGCAUCUGGGCCCGACUUCGCUGAGUUGGUCAGCGAAGAUGCUUCCAUCACUCAGAGACGCACAAUGCUCGCGACAAGAAAACAACGCCUAUUAGACAUUCGCCGAAGACUCAUGACCUUCAGCAAUGGUACUUGAUUGCUGUAAGGGGUUACGGUGUAUGUUCGUUUGCUGUUGGCGCUGGGCUUUCUACGGUCACAUGCUCAUAUAGAUAGUUUGUUGGC